GAGUUGAGAAAAGAGGAGGGGAGGACCGAAGCGGAUCACCACGCAGCCUUCAUCGCUUCUUCGUUUUUUUGUUUUUUUUGGGGGGGUUGUUUUUCUUUCCCCCCUCCUGUCAGUUUUUAAGCCAACGCCGCUCGUGGUGGAUCCGUACAGACGCGUGACGGGGAGCUCAUGCGGGCUUUGGCUGUCAGUUGGUGCGGAGACUCCGCGCCGCUGCGGAGAACGUGGGAGAAAGGAAGCGAAGGCAGGAAAACAGCCGCGGACCAUGUAGGACGCCCCGACUGAAGCCAUGGGUUCGGAGGCAGUGGAGGAUUGUGUACAGGGAGCGCUCUCAUCCCUUUACCCUCCCUUUGAGAGCACGGCCCCACCCCUCCUUUCUCAGGUCUUCUCGGUCCUGGAGUCAACCUAUCAGCACGACAGCCUUCGCUACCUCCUGGACUACUUCGUCCCUGCCAAGCAUCUCCUGCACAAACUUCAGCAGCAUGCCUGCUCUCAGUAUACAGGUUGCUUGUUCCUCCACUCUGGCUGGCCCCUCUGUCUGGGUGAGAAAGUGGUGGUCCAGCUCUCAACCCUGGACUGGAGGCUCCUGCGCAGCACGGAUUUCUACCUGCAGGUGGUGCCUUUCUCGACGCGCUGUCCCCGGCUGGCCCUGAAGUGCCUGGCCCCAGGGGGGCGCACCGUCCAGGAAAUCUUGGUGCCUGAAUCGCAGCACCCCCUGGUCUUCACCACCGAGUGGCUGCACAGUGUCAAUAAAGAAAGAGGCCAUAAGCGAGAGGUCGGAGGAGGUCUGGACACCUGCCUGGUCAGUACAUGUGACGGGGUGGUCCGUCUACCGUGGAAGGAGGUGGUCUAUCCAAAAUUCAUUCAUGACCCUUCUGAUGAGCUGGGCCUGAUGUCCCGCAGCCACGAUGGCCGUCCACUCAGUGAGGGGGGAAGCAGCCCAAGAGGUUGGGGGGAAUCGUCCUCCGGAGAACCGGACUCCUGGUCCUGGGAUGAAGAGGAGGAGGAGGACCUAUUUCCAGAUGGGGGGGAUUCCCGGCCUGCCCUUCCUCGACGGCGGCGCAGUGAAGAUGGACUGGGGCGAACUGCAAGGUGUCCCCCCCAGAUGGAUGGCGAUUAUGUGGAGCUCAUGGAGCCCAGGGGGGGGCCUGAUGGGGGGGCCGACCCCAGGCAAAGGUAUCUGGAGAUGCACGGGAUCUGUAAGACAAAGACAUUGCCCCUGUGUCGGAGGAGUAAGGCCAUCAAACUCAGGAAAGGGAAAGCAUGGGGCUAUGGGAGGCUAGAUGGGUCUGGGAGCUUCCGAGCUGUCCUAGGCAGCAAAAGAGAUGCAGUGACCCCCAGGGGAGAUGUACCACCCUCCCGGCCAACACCAAGGGUCAUUGAUGCAGGCAAAGAAAGGCGGAUGUACUCAUCCUGUCUCCAUGAUUCCGAUGAAGGAGAUAAAACAAGUAGGGGCCCUGAGGGCCUGGAUAUCCAGGGGCUUUAUUUUGAGGGUCCAUCCAAGGAGAGGAGGCCUGGGGUGGGCAAGGAGAGGGAGGGCAAUGGCCUCUCACAGCCAUGCAGGGACAGCAGCGGAAGUAAAGACUCUUGGAGCAGUGAUGGUUUGGUCAUGAACAGUGCCCAUGACUUAACAAAUCAUAAAGCAGAGCACGUUAUAGAGGGCCAUUCAGAUCAAGGAUCUCACUCAGACUCUGUUUUCGAGGACACGGAUAAACCACUGAGUGGAGACAGCGAUGCCACUACUCCCACCUCAGACGUACCGGAGUCUGGGCUGAAAAAUGGGAUGCCAUUCGUUGGCAUUCCAGGAAGGGGAGCGAACUCAAACGGCACAUUGGACACUGAAUCCAAAUCAAAGAAAUCUCAGUGCAGCGGUAAAGGUGAGACAGGUGACUUGACAAAACUCUCCGGACUCAGCGCUGGUUCGUCUGACCCAAAGCUAAGCCCAGCAGGAGAAAGAGAUGAAGGAAAGACAGACGGAAGAGUUUGUCCCAGAGGGAAGGAGGUCAAAACAGCUGGAUUCAGAGCACCCAGGAGGAAGAGGAAGGGAAAAGGGGCCAAAGGCAGGGCCAGAUCUGGCGCCCGUGGCAACCAGAAGGCUUCAAAACCACAGGGAAAAGUUAUACAGCCAAGUCCCACCUGCUCCUCAACAGUCAAGCUGUCACAAAUCAUGAAGGACAACCACUCAGAAAAAGCAGCUCAGACAACGCUACCUGAUGAGGAGCAUGCUUCAUCUACUGAGGGAAAGGAGGAUGCCCAACCCACUAAGAGCAACACAGAAACCGCACCAGAAUCUCUCGCUGACUGUACUAGCCAACCAGAUAGACCCUCAUUAAACCACUCUGCAGAAGAGACUGGGUCCCAGACGUUUGCUGACCAGUCAAAUGGUGUUUCAUGCAAAGAGCCUCCACUUCUUAAGGAAUUGGAUACAGAUCUUCUCCAAUCAGGGAAGCUCAAACUGACAGGGACGGUGGACCGGCUGGGGCGUGCGCUGGUUUUGACGGAGACUCAUCUUUCUGAAGAAGGGUACAGCGAGGACGACUUGACCCGGGUCCUGGCCUGCUACCACAGAAUCACGCGCCCUCCAGCCAAGGAGAAAGGCCUGACUGUGUUGAUGGACAGCAGACAGACUCCGCCCUCCGCUGUCUGUCUGUCUGCUCUUAAACUCUUCCAGGUGUUGGUCCCCGGUGGUCUGGGUUCUGUUCUGAUUCUGGUGGAGGAGCAGCAGGAGUCUCCUUCGUACAGCCCGGAGGGAGUGGAGGUGCACACGGUGCGGGGAACAGGGGUCCUGCAGCAGUACAUAGACAAGCAACAGCUGCCCAGAGAGAUGGACGGAGACUUCGACCACUCCCACGCAGACUGGCUGGCUUUCAGACUGAGCCUGGAGAGUCUGACGGAGCGCUGCGAGAGCGCCCUCUCCUUGCUAGGAGAAGCACUGCAGUCUAUGGAUGCUGAGCCGAUGCCGGAUAUGAUCAAGGCGGUUCCUCUGAGCAUCGACAAACACAGACAACUAAUGACGAGUGUUUUGGUUGACCAACGGUUGACCGAGCUACAGCAAAGGGGCGGGGCCUGGCUUGCAGGAUUGACCAAUAGCGCAUCUGGAUUGGCUCAAAAGUCCCCAGACUGCAGGGCCGCCUUAGCUGCGACCUCUAAACUCUACGACAGCGUGGAUGACGCCCUCCAUCGACUUGUGCGGGUGUCCAACCAAAGAGGUCGUGACCUGGAGGCACUUGGACGACUGGCGGGGUUGGUGGACAAACUGGAAAAGUGUGAUAAGGAGAUUGAGCAGGUUCAAGCUCAGCUGGAAGACUAUAAGGAUCCCCCUCUCUCGCUCAGCAGACUCUCGCUCAAACAGCAGAAGUUCAAGACUUUCAGGGAGACGGCAAAUGAGCUCCACAGCGAGACUCUCUCAGUGCUCAGUGACCUUGAGGGCUGGUGUGAGCUGGACUGGGGAGGUCUGGGCGAGAUCCAGAUCAGGCUUCCCCCAGUCAGAGAGAGACUCAGAGACAUGGGCCACUGUCUGUCCGACUGCUGGACCACCCUGGACAACACACAGAGACUACUGUCCACACUGACUGAGGCCACCCAGUGGUGCGAUGCUGUUUCUUCUACCUCCUCUUCCUCGUCCUCUUCCUCUCCUCUGGCCUCUCUUCCUCCCAUCCCUCCAUCGCGUUUCCAGGAUGCGCGUUCCCUCGCAAUGGAGCUGGGCGGUGGGGCACUGCUGGACCUCUGGACCCAGACGGUGGAGCGUUACCAGCGGACGGUGGCGCAGGUGAAGCCCCGGAUCCUUCAGGGCGAGCGAGGCCCGAGCUACGGCCAGGGCAAGGCCAAGACCCCGUCGGCCAGCAGCCUGUGGGACCUGAUGGGGCCCGAGGGGGAAGGCGACUGGGGUGUGGGGGCCGGGGGAGGGGAGGGAGGGCUCCAGUCCUGGGGGUCCCUGGCCUCACUGUUCAGGCCGCAGAACUGCUCCACGCUGAAGAUCGGAGAGGAGAAGGGGAACAAGAAGGAAGGAGUUGCGGGAGGAGGAGUGGGCUCAGCCGCAGGAGGGAAAUUCCUGCAGAACCUGCUGAAUCCUGCAAAGAAGACUCCCACAGAGGCCCCACUACCUCCCAAGCCCCCCAGGAAGCGGCACCCGAGCUUCGACCUACAGGCCCUCCUGGCCCCCCGCCGGGGCACGGGCGCCUCCAAGUCUGCAGACCCCUCGUUGGGAGCGGCCAGCCGCAACUCACCCCUGUCCUGGUUGGGUCGGCGGGCGUUAGCCGACCCGGUGGUCACGGCUGGCGUCGCUGCAGCCGUCCCCGGGUGGGGGAGCGGAGGAGCCGAAGGAAGAGGAGGAGGAGUGUUGAUCCGGGGUGUGGAGGUCAGCAGCAAGGAGGUGGUGGACCACACGGGAUCUCCGCGGCAGCAUGUGCUGCUGAGCCGGGCAGACAGAGAGAUGGGCGGGGAGAGGACAUGCUCUACGGCACAGAGUAAGCUGUACCUGCUCUGGUGUCGUAUGCUGAGUUCGGAGCGGCAGUAUGUGGCCAUCCUGAAGGGGGUGGAGGAGACCUACCUACCCUUACUGGACCUCCCAGACACCCCGGUCUCCAUCAAGGGGAAGGCGGACAUCCUCUUCCCCAACUGGGCGAGCCUGAGCAGCUUCCACUCGCAGUACCUCCUCCCCGCCAUGGAGGGCGCGCUUCUGCAGAGCCUUCUGCAGCAGGACUGCUUCAGCAAAUAUCGGGAGCAGUUUCUCCAGUACUCCCACUACAUCAGGACUAAACCAGAACUGGACUCUCCCCUGGUGACACAGGCCGCAGACUACUUCAAGACGAAGCUGCCGCUGGCGUCUCCUCUCUCCCCUCUGUCAUUCCCCCACUGCCUCCAGGCCCCCACGCAGAGACUGGAGCAGUACUGCGAAGCCCUGGAGGAGCUGGGGGGGCUCAAUCCCGCCUCCGACUCCGCCCUCUCCAUCCUGCGACAUGCCCAGCGCCACGGCGAUGACCUCAGGGCCAGCGACCUCAUCGUCGGCUGUCCGGUUCCCGUGGCGGAGCGUGGUGAGCUGGUGCGGCAUGGGGAGCUGGCGGUGUGUGGCGGGGCUCGGAGGAAGAGGAUCGGGAUGAGGAGCGUCUUCCUCUACCAGCACGCCAUCAUCUUCACCAAGCAGAAAAGCUCCGGCCCAGGACGCAUCACCUACAGCUACAAACACAGCAUCAAGACUGGCGAGAUGGGUCUGACUCAGAGCGUGGGGGAGGAAGGACUGAAGUUCGAGUUGUGGGUGCGCCAGGCGCCUCGAACCAGAGACUGUCUCACGCUUCAAGCCCAAAACAGAGAGGAGAGGGAGACCUGGGCCCACGACAUUGCCCAUCUGCUCUGGACACACGCCAUUAACAACACAGAGUUGUGUCUUAAGGAGUCUCUGUGCAUGGGGGUGUCCAGCAAGCUGCUGCUGGACAUAACGGGGACGCAGGCCUCAGAGCUGGACUCCGUCUACACCCUCAACGACAGGGUUCACAGUAGCUGUUCAGACUCCUCCUCUGUGGGCAGUCAGAAGGAAGGGGGAUCCCCCACAUCUGGGAGGGAACCCAGGAAAAGCACAUCAAGUUACACACAGAGUCAGUCUCCAUCCACCGCUGUGUAACAGUCAUCUCAUUCAGGAAACUGGACGCUGGACUCUGUGAAGAUGAAAACAUCUCUACCGCAUAUCUGGGCAAGUCAAACUGGACUGGGGGGAGCAGAGAGAUGAGGAGAACAUCAGGGAACCAAGGACCCAAUGUAGAUUUCCCCCUCCCUCACUUCCUCUCCUCCAUUUUCCUUCCUUUUCCCGUUCUCUCCUUCCUUCCCUCUUUAUGUUCUCCUGUUAAAAAAGAAGAAGAAAUAAAACACUGAUCUCUCACCGUGAGAUUGGUGAGAGCUGCAUUGCAUUGCUUUUGCCCCAUUUCAACAUAUCAGCGCUGAUAUUCACCCCAAAGGAAGGCUGCAUUUAGAAAGGAUCAAAACUGCCCUAUUAAAUCAUGACAAGCACCAGCAGAGCCCCUCUGUGCUCCGCCAUUUUGGAUCUGCCAAUCUCAGUUGCUGGCAGAGUCAUUGACACCAAAGGCACUUCAGCCACACAGAGCGGCCAUUGUCUGCCCCGCGGCUCCCUGCUAGGCCAAACCACUUGGUCUGAACCACUGACUGCCUUGGCUGGCUGACUGUGCAGAUCACAUGCUCCAGCAUCUGAUAAUAAACAGGAAGCAAUAUGCGCGGCAUACGAAUCCACCGUAGGUUCGUAGAUUUCGAAUGUAUUGUGUACUGUGUCGUUUUCUAAUGCCGACUGGAGCACUGCAGGCUUUUUUCAGGCUGGGUAAUUCUUUUCCUGCCUGUAUAAUUGUGUGGUAUAGGCAAGGUGUGAUUGCAUCUAUGUAAAUGAGGCAGGGGUGGUGUGAGCACGCACUAACACACACACACACAUAUACACAAUCACUGUACAGCCCUCAUUGUCCCUCACACAUACAGUGAGCAGACAUUCUUAUUGUUAUAAGACAGUGGAGCACUGUUCACAUGUGCUUAGACACACACACACGCACACACACACACACACACACACACACACGCACACACACUUGUAGCCAUUUUGGAGCCUGGUACAGUGUAUAGAUCAGUGCAAAGCUAAAUGAACGACAGGCAAGAUAAAGACCAGUAAGCCUUGCCUUGAUGUAAUCAAAAAUAAUAAUGUUGUAUGGUAACCAAAAGCUAUAUAUUUUGGGGAAAGAUAUGUUACCGCAUUGAAGCUAAUGAUAUUACCAAAGAAGGGUUGCAUUUAUAUAUAGAUAUAUAUAAUUCCUGUUGAGAAUUUGAUACUAUUCACUUGACACUCUUUGCUCAUACUGUAAUAUAUGUCAUCAAAAUAUGUUUGUUGUGCCUUGUAGUAUUCUUCGGUAUGCAGUGAGGCACAAUAGGGCAAACUGCAGGUGCUUUUGUCUUCCUGUCUUACAUUGGGUAUUUUGAACCAAUAAUGGAGCGACAUUAAUACUCUACUGUUUAUAUAAUACACCGUAGUCUAUAUGCCAAAGGUAUAAAAGGUGUGUUUGUGCAAUGUUGACUUGUUCGAGGAUGUAUAAAAGAGUCAUUUAUGUGAUUUUUGAUUUGUUUUCCUAAUGUUGGACAAAACAGGGACUCUUGUGUAUCCGGUCCCUAAAAAAAAAAAACUGAUUGUAUGCACAAAAUGCAACAGUAUGCACCACAUGAGAUUAUGCGUAGAGGGUAAUUCCACCAGAAUUUACUUUUUAGUUGUUCCUCUGUAAAAAGAUAAUUUUCCCCGACCAAAAAAAAAAAAAAAAGAAAGAGGACGGGGCUUUUGUUUAGUAGUUUAAUGAGCUUUGAGGAAUGAGUUCAUGAGAGGGGUAAAACUGACAUCAUGACAUGAUGUCAGAUGGUUGAUGCAGUGCAGCUUCGUGAUGUCAUGGGAUGGCUUCGGCUCGGGUUCUGAGAUGCUAUAACUCAAGUCUUGGGGUUUUUUGUUUUUUGUUUUUUUGGAGGAAAUGUCUUUAUACAUAACCCUAGCAGCCUUAAAGUCAAAUGUCAGUAGAAAUACCCUUGAAGCAUAACCAGAUAAAGGGGUGUAGCUCCUGAAAGUGCACACACUCAGUAAACCAGAUUAGUGUUCAGUCGACGGUUUGAUCGGUGUGUGUGUGUGUUUCUAACAGGGUGUUGGGAUCCGCAACGUCCAUAGUUAAGGUACUAUAAGAUACCGUCACAAAGGCCAAAAACACACCAGAGGAGACCGGCCUUGCUCCCAAAGCAGAGCAGGGAAGGUCCUUGGCUGUGUCAAAUUUAGCAGAUUUCAUAACAACCCUGCAUUCAAAUUCAAAAAUUGCAAAUGGGUAUCGAGCUGCGCUGAAUCAAUAUGUAAUUUGUGGGCUUGGAGAGGGCCACACAGUACAUAGCCUAUAGCUGUUCGGGACAUUGCAUUAUAUGGAAGGCAAUGUAAUGAACACCAUCUUUCAUUCUUAUUGCGAUAUAGAUUGUCAUAUUCAGAAUGCCUUUCCUCCAUAUGCCAUGGCAUAGCAGUAUUCAUGUAUAUAGAAACUGUUUUUUCCUGUGACAUAGUCUCCUGUAUGACAAUCUCUGCCUGAUGUUUACAUUUUCGCAAGGCGUUGGAAUGUGGAUUGUUGGAAUGUUUGAAAAUGCAUGUUUAUGGUUACAACAGUGUACUUGAUGAAAAUUGUUCUGGAUCAUUUUUACCUUUUUACCCCUAUGUAGAAUUAAAACUGGACACAA